AAGUUUAUCCAUUUUCACACCAUUUCUCCCACAGACAGCAUCUCUCAAAAUUCAAACAAAAAAUCAUUACCAGCGAAAUCUCAUAUCCCCCAGGAUUCAAUGCCAAGUCCCUCCGAUUCUCCCGAGGCCAUCGACCCCAACAGCGGCUACGAAUCCGCUACCAGAACAUUCCACAGCCUCCGUCCCCGGGUCCCACUCCCUCCUUCAACACAACCACUCUCCAUCACUCAAUACGCCUCCUCUCUCCUCCACUCCACCGCCUCAUUCUCGCCGGAAACCACCGCCUACCUCAUCGACGCCGCCUCUUCCACUCGUCUCUCCUACUCUCAGUUUCUCGAACAAUCUCGCCGUCUCUCCGCAUGGCUCCGCUCGCGGUUCCCGUCGCUGUCGAGCCAGAAAGUCGCGCUCAUUGUCUCGCCGCCGUCGCUGCACGUUCCAGUUCUCUACUUCUCGCUGAUUUCAUUAAAUGUUAUUGUUUCACCGGCGAAUCCGCUGUCGACUCCGUCGGAAUUGGAGCAUCUGGUGAAGUUGUGUGAUCCGGUGAUCGCGUUUGUUACGAGUUCUGUUAGUUCCGUUAGACACCUGCCGGCGCUACCUACUGUUAUGAUCGACUCGCCUGAGUUUCUGUCGAUGUUGAAUACAGAGAAAUCGUAUGAAAUGCCGAAACAAGUGGCGGUAUCGCAGUCCGAUACGGCAGCGAUACUUUACUCGUCCGGUACGACAGGACGCGUGAAAGGAGUGGAGCUGACUCACAGGAAUUUGAUCACUGUGAUUGCGAAUUUGUAUCAUAACAAGCGAGCGUCGUUGGAGGAUGAAGAAUUGAGUGUGGCGUUGUUUACGCUGCCGUUGUUUCACGUGUUUGGAUUUUUUAUGCUGAUUAGGGGAUUUGCGCUGGGAGAGACAUUGGUUCUCAUGGAGAGAUUUGAUUUUGUGAAGAUGUUGGAGGCGGUGGAGAAGUAUAAGGUUACGUAUAUGCCUGUUUCUCCUCCGAUUGUGGUGGCGAUGGCCAAGUCUGAUGUGGUGAAAAAUUAUGAUCUUAGCUCACUCAGGUUGCUUGGUAGUGGAGGUGCUGCGUUGGGUAAAGAAACUUCGGAGAGGUUCACGGCAAGGUUCCCGAAUGUGGAGAUAUCUCAGGGGUAUGGUAUGACUGAGACUGGGGGAGCAGCAACUACAAUGUCUGAUCCAGAGGAGAGUAAAGAGUAUGGAUCUGGUGGUCGCCUAGCAGCAAACAUGCAAGGCAAAAUAGUUGAUCCCGUAACUGGCCAGGCCCUGCCACCUGGAAAACAAGGGGAGCUAUGGCUGCGAGGACCUAAUAUCAUGAAAGGUUAUGUUGGAGAUAAUGUUGCAACCGCUGAAACUUUGACUUCUGAUGGCUGGCUAAAGACUGGCGACCUCUGUUACUUUGACUCGAAAGGAUUUCUGUAUAUCGUUGAUAGGUUGAAGGAGUUGAUUAAAUAUAAGGCUUACCAGGUUCCCCCUGCCGAGCUGGAGCAUAUAAUUCACUCGAUUCCUGGUGUUGCUGAUGUAGCAGUAAUCCCAUAUCCUGAUGAAGAUGCGGGGCAGAUUCCUAUGGCCUAUGUAGUAAGAAGUCCUGGAAGCAAUAUAUCUGAGAGUCAAAUCAAAGAUUUUGUUGCUGCGCAGGUAUCUCCAUACAAGAAAGUUCGACGUGUUGCAUUUAUCAAUUCUAUUCCAAAAUCUCCUGCUGGAAAGAUAUUAAGAAGGGAGCUGGUAAAUCAUGCCCUCUCUGGAGCGUCAGCAAGAUUAUGAUUAAAGCAGGAGGCCUUAUGGAAUUGUCACGCUGGAAGGCCCAGAACGCAAUUAUGUAGAAACCCAGCCAAAAGCAGUUUGGGACUAGUUUGCUAGACUACCAAAGUCCAGAAAAGAUUGCUAUCCUCCAACUGGCUAGAUUUAAGAACUUUGGUGAGACCUGUAUGUCUAGCAAACUUCUCCAUAAUUAUUCGGGUGUUGAGGUUUUUCUUUGUUUGACUUUGGGAGGUUUUUGAAAUUGCAUUUUCUGGUUUCAAUCAAGUAGUUGUGAAGUUGGAAGCAAUUUGAUUCACAUAUAUAUCCUUGAUAAUAGAUUUAAAUUCUCAGUUGGUUAAUUUGUUUA